AUGUGGUACAAGGCGCACUACAGGGAGGCAGAGAAGAUGCGCCAGCGGCCGCUCGGUGCAGUCGACAAAUACAGACUACGCAAGAAGUACCCGCUGCCCAAAACCAUAUGGGACGGCGAGGAGACGGUGUACUGCUUCAAGGAGCGAUCGCGCACAAUUCUGAAGAACUUCUACGCCAAGAACCGCUACCCGACCCCGGACGAGAAGAAGACCCUCGCCAAGAAGACGAGCCUGACCCUGACCCAAGUCAGCAACUGGUUCAAGAACCGUCGGCAGCGGGACCGGACGCCACAGCAACACCGAAGUGACAUGAUGCUGGGCUGCCAUGGCGACGCACUCCUCGGGGGCAGCUCUCCAGUCGGGGGCGGCGGCCUCUCUCUGGGCCCGGUCGGCGGCGGUCUCGGCGGCGGCGGUCUGGGCGCGGACAUCAAGUCCCUGUACGCCGUGGCGGCGGUCAAGCUGUACGGCAGUGGCCUCGACGCCCGCGGCCUCGACGCCCUGGACGGCCUCGUCAAGCACGAGCACGGCAUGGUCCCGCACGGCCACGGCGGCGGCCUGGGGGGACCCAGCGCCUCCUCUUCGACGUCGAGCCAGCAGCUCCACCGCUCCUACUACCACAGCUACGACCCGAGCGUGCUGGCGGGCCUGCAUCACCACCACCACCAACACCACCAUCCACAGCAGCACGCGGCGCACUAGGAGCGCGCCCUCAGCCUGCGACCACUCCCCAUGACACUAGUAGCGCAGGUCUGGUGAUGCACAUCAAAAUGCGCUUGUAAUAGUCCCCAGUCGUGCGUGAAGUGAGGAUUCCAUGCGCGCAAAUGCGCUAUAAAUGUGGGACCCAUUUUGCCCAUUUAUACUUAACGCUACUAGGGUACUUAAAUUCUGCGCCGAGACUCGAGGAGAGGGUUUCCACCACCCUGUUCAGAAGGUCUUUGAUGUGAAGUGGACAAUUAAUAAAGAGGCUCUGCUGAAUCAUCACUAGCGGGUCACUCUAAUGUUUACUGUGCCAUUAUGGGUUUAAAAAGAUCUAUUCCUAUCUCAUUAAUAUUAUAUAUGUUUAAUUAACUGUUCAAAUAAGGAUAAUGUUCAAGUACAUUCAUGUGCGCACUUUAAGACAAAUGUCUGAUACGACUUGCUUGUUGCUAAUCCUGAAUACUAUGCAUGCAGGUGACAAAAGCAAGUUAAGCAAGCAGUGAGGCACUAUUUGCUGAUAAGUAUAGAUGUUAUUAAUAUUUUGUAAAAUGUACUUAGUGAGUGUAAAUGUUAUAGCUGACAUACUUAGUUUUCAUGACCAACUCCUGUUCCCAAAUGAUUACUUUGUUUUAAAUAUUUUAGCUGUGAUGAAUAUGGAGCCAAAGUUUAGUUAUAUGGAUAUAUACAUAUUAUAUAUUAUGUUACAUUAUAUAGAAUUUGUGAAAGAAAAUAUAGAGUUAUUGUAGAUUGACUGAAAA